GGAGCGAAGCCCGUCGCCGGGUUUGAAGUGGCGCGGGGCAGGCGGGCGGGGGCUCUGGCUACGGCCUGAUCCUUCUCUGCUGGGGGCCCAUCGGUGCCCCGCACCUUUAGUCCUCCCAGAGCCUGGGACUCGGGCGUUGUCCCUUCGCCCGCCUAGGUUAGGCCUGCCCAGCCUUGUCGGGAGGGACGUGUGGGCCUGGCCGGGCAGGAGCCGAAGCUCAGAGAACGAGAGGGAGGCCGAAGCCGUAGCUCGUUGCUCCCCGAGCCUCACCGCUGUGUCAUCUCGCUCGCUCUCUCUUUUUCUUUUUCUUUUCCUUCCUUUUCUCUUUUUCCUUUUUCCUUUUUUUUCUGGGCAGUCUCAAGUUGCGUUGUGAUUGGAAGGGGGGAGAGAGAGGCAGCUAAAACUGCACCGAAAUGGCCACAGAGCUCGACUUUCUGAGAGACCAAAAUCAAAGACUAAAUGCAGUACUUAGGCGAUAUCAAAUGGAAAAUCUGUCCAAAUAUUCACCUGAACAGAAAACUGUCUUACAAGGAGAUGGAGAUGACACACUAGAAGCCACUAUGGCUGACAGAAGCUUUUUAGCUCCUCUUAUUGCUGAGUAUGAUAAACAUCUAGAAGAGGUGAACAGGCAACUAGAAUAUUAUCAGAUACAGGUUGGGGAGAUGAAAUUACAACUUGAAAAUGUCACUAAGGAAAACGAGAGGUUGCAUGGUGAACUAAAAGAAGCUGUCGAAAAGCAGUUAGAGGUCCUUCCUUUUGGUACUUUAUUGGGCACUGAUGUGUUUACAGAUGAAGAAAUGGUCAGGAACCUACAAGAGCAGUUACAACUAGCUAAUCAAGAGAAAAACCAGGCUGUGGAACUCUGGCAGACAGUGUCACAGGAGUUAGACAGACUACAGAAACUCUAUCAAGAUCAUAUGACUGAUACUCAAAUUUAUGUAGUUGAAAGACAAAAACAAAAGGAUCAGCUGACUAACUUUAAGCAACUGACACAACAACUUCAUGUAGCUAAUGAGAACAUAGAAAUGACUAACCAACAGUUCCUGAAAACAGUAACUGAACAGAAUGUGGAAAUUGAGCAACUACGCAAACAACUUAGACAAGCCAAAUUAGAUCUCAGAGUUGCUACAGCAAAAGUGGAAGAAAUGACCAAAUUAGUCGAAGAUCUUCAAGGACAGAUGCAAAAGAAGGUAGAAGAUAUGGAAUCUGCCCAAGGAAGAGAGGAAGCAUCAGACAGGCGGUUACACCAGUUACAAUCUAGUAUAAAACAGCUAGAAACAAGGUUAUGUGUAACAAUCCAAGAAGCUGACCAACUAAGAACAGAAAAAACUAAUCUAGAAAAACAGACAAAAGAGCUUCAAGUAAAAUUUGCUGACUUAGCAAAUGAGAAGUAUGAAGCAAUUGUAAGAGCCAGAAACAGCAUGCAACUCUUAGAAGAAGCUAACCUUCAGAAAAAUCAGGCAUUGCUUGAAGAGAAACAAAAAGAAGAAGAAAUUGAGAAAAUGAAAGAAACAAUUUCUCAACUUGUACAAGAAGCUGCUAUGCGAACCAGGAAAGAAGUGGCAAAUACAAGAAAACAGUAUAAUUUACAGAUUUCUCAGUUAGCAGAAGAACUUUCAGCCCUUCAAAUGGAAUGUGGAGACAAACAGGGGCAAAUUGAACGGGCCAUUAGGGAAAAGCGGGCAGUGGAAGAAGAACUGGAAAAGAUUUACCGAGAAGGCAGAGGAAAUGAAGAUGAUUAUAGGAAACUAGAAGAAAUGCACCAAAGGUGCUUAAUUGCAGAACGUGCCAAGGAUGAUCUUCAGUUAAGACUUAAGACAGCACAAAACAGAAUUAAACAACUUGAGAUAAAUUCUGAAGAAGAGAUGUCACGUAGCCAGGAAAGGAUUCAAAAGCUUCAGAGUGUUUUAGAGUCUGAAAGAGAGAACUGUGGCACUGUCAGCGAACAAAGGCUGAAACUUCAGCAAGAAAAUGAACAGUUGCAAAAAGACACUGAGGAUUUGAGAAAAAUUGCUUUGGAGGCUCAACAAAAAGCCAAAUUAAAGAUCAGCACAAUGGAGCAUGAAUUUUCAGUAAAGGAGCAUGGAUAUGAAAUUCGUUUGAGAGAGCUGGAAGAUAGUAAUCGUAAUUCCACUGUUGAAUUGAGACGUUUGUUAGUAGCUCAACAGAAAGCAACCAACCGGUGGAAAGAUGAAACAAAAAAGAUAACAGAAGCUGCAGAAACUAGGAUCAGCAACUUAAAAAGUGAGCUGAAUCGACAGAAACUUCAUACCCAAGAAUUGCUUUCUCAGCUGGAAACAGCAAAUGAAAAGGUAGUUGAGAAUGAAAAGAUAAUUAUGGAACAUCAAGAAAAAACCAACAGACUUCAAAGACGCCUGAGUCAGGCAGAACAAAGAGCAGCUUCAGCCUCUCAGCAGCUCAGUGUGAUUACAGUACAGAGAAGAAAAGCAGCCUCCAUGAUGGAUCUGGAAAAUAUUUAAAAAUAUGCCAUCGUUCAUUCACAUCCUUUUAGAGUUGGGAAAGCUGUCAGAGUAGCUGUAUAUUGGAAUGGGAAAGCCUGAAGCAUAUGCUUAGGCUUGUGUCAUUGUACAUAAGCAGUUUCCUAUUUGGGGGGAUGGGAAAGCCAAACAGUGACAUCUUCACAGUAAGUAAAGGAAAUAGACUACAAAAACAUAGUCCCCUAAUGAACUUCAGUGGAGAAUAAAGCCAUCUCAGAAGAGUUCAUUCAUUUCAUGAAACUGUAUAUUUGUUUACUUGCCUUUUUCCCCUCUAAAAAUCCAAAGUGUUAUUUAUAACUCUAAUCAUGAAAAAAUGAUAUUGAGAAAAUGCUAGAAGCUUAAUACUUCUACCUUCAAGAAUUUCUGGACUUCACAACUGAUCAUAACUUCUAAUCAAUUUUCAUAUUUCCUAAAUGUCCAUUUUCUAUAGUGAACUCUUCGAAUUGUAAUAAAUUUUCCUUUUUCUAAAAUGAUGCUGUCAUACAUCUUGAUAUGUAAUUGGGAUAAUUUUGUUAUAGUUCUGACUCAUUUCUGGUAUUUCUAGGACUUGCCUUGGGAUUUUUAGGAUUUGUGACUGUUAUCCAAAGGAAUAGUGAUCAAUUGAGCUCAUGUUCUAAAAUGACUUAAUCGUUUAAAUUUCAGUUAUGUUGAUAUUUAAAACCUUUGCAUUUCUUAUUCCAUUUACUACUUUGUAAUUGUUCUAGGAUUCUGUUUUUAUCGAAGUACUUCCUGGUUACUAUAUUUCUGAAAGUUCAUACAUUUUCAUUUGCAGUUUGGUAACACUGCAAGUUAUACAGUGAGACACCAGAAUUGAUAUUGCUAUAUCACUUCAGUUUUCAUAGAUCUUAGGUUAUAUUUUGUAUCUAAACAAAAUAAGCAUUCUGAAUCCUUUAAAUCAAUCACUUUGGCCUUAUAACUCUGAAAAUGGAUUGGCAUAAAAUGUCAUAAGAGAAAUUAGAUUGCCUACUCGAUGUAACAGAAAGAACAUGCCUAAACCAUUCACAAAACCUGACAUUGGUCUAAGUUUUGGAUUGGGAGUUUGAAUUCUAAAUCCAGAUAUGCUGUCUUUCUUUUCUUCUUAGUUUUCACCCUUCUGAUGCCUGUUUUCCCUAUUGGUAUUUCUAAAAACUUGUUUUGAAAUCAUAAAUUCUGCUUUUAUUCUCACAAUAACAUUUAUUUUGUAUACUCCUUUCAGAAAGAGGAGACGAUGAGGAUACUAACAGGAGAGAGAAAAAGGAAAUGAAAUGAAAAUGAAAUGGAGACACACAAAUAGUUCAUUUUAUUUAUUCAUGUUACUUUAUUGUGUCUCCCUCAAUGAAGAAAGAAGAUAUGAUUCCCUCCUUUUCCUCUAUAUAUGAAUAAUCAGAUCAGAAUAACCAGCAGACUUCUGAAUAAUCUCCCUCCUGAAGCCACAUGAUAUUUCUACACUAAGUAUGAAAUAUCUUAUUUAUCUAUAUGCCAUCCAUCAAAUGUUGGCAGUAAUAUGUACAUUUCACAAACAUCACGUGCUGUCAGGCCAAGAAACAGUGGGAAAACAAUUCCUAUGUUUUACUGUAAAAUCUAAUUUUGAACUGUGACACAUUUUUUCUCCUUACUAGCAAGUCACUGGUGAGCCAUUUUUCUAAAUUCACAUUUGACAAUGAUUGUUAUCUAUCUAGCUAGCUAUCUUAUCUAUAUAUUUGACAAUUUUAAAAAAUUAAAUCAAAGAUGCCAUACAGAGACGUACUCAUAGCCUCUGUCCUUACAGACCUAUUGGGAUUUAUAGCAUUUGUGGCAGUUAGCAUUAGAGUUGCUGCUUCUUGGCACAUGUAAGUACUUAAUAAAUGUUUGUGGAUUGAUAAGUUGUUUCAUCCUGGUAAGCUGGGUGAUGAAUUAGAAAGAAUAUUGGCCUGCAAGUCAGAAAUCCUAGAACUGAGUCUUAGAUCCUUCUUCUCUUCCCUCCCCCCAAGAACUUUGUGACCUGCGACCUUGAAAAGUCACUUAACUUUUCUGAACCUCCUACAGCACAGACAUCAUCCAGUGAAGCAACACCUGUGGAGAAGGGCCAGCCAUAUUUAUCAACAUCAGACCUCCCUCUACCUGCAGGGCAGACAAGACCUGUAUAGCUGAAGCAAACGGGCACUCUGAAAGAGAUGGGAAACACAUCGGGCAGGCAGACAGGCAGACAGAUAACACUUGUUAUGUGCCAGAACUGUGCUAAGUGCUUAAUAUAUAAAUAGAAGCAAAAAAAAAAGUGUCUGUGCUCUAGGAGCUUAUUUUCUAAUAAGAGAAAAAAACACAUCAAAAGAAACUGAAAAAUUGGGUGAAAAAUCAAAAACAUAGCCGAGGAGGGGAAGGAAGCAUUGCCAAGCCUAGCCCCAAAAUAGAGACUCCUAAAAUAUGAGAAGGGAACUGGGAUGGAAGAGGGAUGUUUCGAGAUGAGAAGGCAGCUGAGUCAUGGUACCAAGUCCAGAGAGUCAGAAGCACAUUCAGGCAAGCUAAACCACCACAUCACGCUACUGACAAACUGCCAUCAACAAACAGCUGCUGUAAGGCGCUGCCUCCUUGACAGCCACAUCUACUGAAGAUCCAUAAAAGAAUGUUCUUGUCACCAAAGUCCUUGACACUGUCAAAUGGUUCAGCAUCAGAACUGGAUGUGGCUUAUUAAUCAGUGGAAAUGACAUUAAAGAAGAUGCAUUACCAUCUGCUUUGCUGUACCCUAAAAACCAUGGGCCAUUUCCAUCUGACUCGCAACUGAAACCACCUAUAUAUGAUGUCUUCUCCAAUAAAAUGUGAGCUCCUUGAGAGUA